UCUAAAUAGGACGUCAGAAUGAAAAACAUCCCCAUUUUAUAAUGAACAAAAUCACAAUUUCACACAACCAUCCUGCCGAACGGCAAACAAUACCAUCCAACGGCACAGCAAGCGUAAGCAACACACCACCCAAGCGUUUAUCAACCAACUGAGACUGUUUGUCAUGUUAGCACUGCUAUUUAAAGAUUUUCUGCGGGCCAAACGAAACGGGCAAACCCCCCGUCCGUACCACAGCAACGCGCUUAAACUGAUAUUCACGGCAAAUUCCAAAUAUAUACAGCAAAAAAAAAAGGCUUCUUGGUUGUGAGUGAAAAUAGCUUCGCCUUGAGUGUUUCCCAGACGAACGAGUUGAGUGGAAGAAGGCAGGUAAGACACGAAGCCGUAUCCAUGAAACGAACGCAUCCACGAACGGCAACGGCCGAUGUUCUGACACGAUAUCUACGUUUAGCAGCAAUACGCUAUCAUCAUUCAGUUGAGAUUUGGGUUCCCGCAUUGACGAACGGAAAACAACUUUCAAUGAUGAACUAUGCAGCUAGAACUAUGUAUGCUAAACAAAUAUAAUUAGAUAGCACGAAGACACCAAGUUUAAUUGAUUAUAUAUUACAUUAUUCUGAGUCAAAUAUAUAACAAAAAUAAUAACAAAAUGACUGAUGCACAAUAUGAGGCCAAAUUUCAAGAAAUGCAAAAAUAUCUACCCUUCAUACAGAAGGUCAUUGAAAAGCUUAAAGUUAACAAUGAUCAACGUAAGGAUAAUCCGCGCAAAGCGCAAUUGGAGAAAAUGGAAAUGCUACACGGACUACUUACAAAUAAGGCCAAAAAGCUUAAAAUGGAAACUCUAUUAAAGUGUGAAGGUGUUUUAAUCAAAUUACAUACUAAAAUUGAAAAGCAGUCAUCAAUUUUUCAGGGUGAAGAUAUUGCAAAUCCAAAUAAAGUUGCUAGCAAACCUUCCACAUCUACGUCAUCUUCGUCAUUAUCUUCAAAUACAUCCAAGAAAAAUGAAAAAGUAAUCUCCUCCGCACCGGCAAGUCCAUCACCAGAUCGUUUGACAGGAGAUAAUCAAGAUAUCGAACCAGUAGUUAUACCAACUGAGAGGCGUUCCUCACAAGAUUCACUCGAAAAGGUCAAGCCAGCAUUAAAGAGCUCUGAAGAAAAAUCUAAAGAACACAAGUCUCGGGCGAAUGAUUCCAAGAUUAAGCCACAUCACCCUGCUGCAGUGAAGCAACAACCGAGGCCUUUACAAAAACAACCCAUUUCAAGGGAUUCGCCAAAAUGUGUUGAACAACAACAACAACAGAGAAAACUGCAACCUGAGAAAAAAGAUGUUGGUCAAAAUAAAAGUGUUGAAGUUCGGAAUAAUGAUGCAAAAGUAAAAUCCAAUAACAGUGCCGAUGCCACAACUCCUAGCUUAAACCGACUUCAUUCAGUUCAGAGUACUACUCAUGGUCGAAAUUCUCCACAAAUUUCAGAACAUCGUUUAAAUAGGGACUCACACAAUCAUUCCACUAUGAAACAUCAACAACAACAGCAAAAUCCACCAAAAAUACCCAAUACACCCUUACCUUCUGUUUCACAAACCGUAAAGGUGGUCAUCACCGAACCAUUACCUGCCAGCAUAGCUCAGAGACAUUUCCCCCCUUAUCAUCAACAUCGUUAUCAACAGCAGCCGCCACAACAUCACUCACCUCCAGUUAGAAAUUUUAACAACAUUGAAAUAAAGUUAUCAGACGAAAAGUCUGACGAAGCCUACAAUCCUGACGAGUCUUGGGAAAAAUUCAACGAGGAACAAAGAAACAAAUCUUUGAAAAAUGUAUUCAAACGUUUGGGAGAUAAAAUACCGGACGAUAACUUGCCAAGCAGUAGUAGUAGUAGUACUGCAAGAACAACACUUCCAAAGUCAUCUCCAAUAUCUAUUCCGAUAAAACAAAGUGCUUCCAUACCGGAGGUCUUAAAGAGUCCACCCCUUUCAGCCUAUGACAUAAACAAUCUGUUCAAAGAAUCUGGAGGUGAUGCAGCUGACAUAUCUGAAAUUGGUUCAAGAAGACCCAAGAAAAUGGAGAGUGAAGAGACAUUGCCAAUGAAAAAUUCUUUGGAUUUUGUGCGUCAAAAAUUGGCACAGAUUGCCAAAAUUGGUUCGCCUCAAAACCGGGAAUGUAAUUCACCAUCCACGGAGUCAAAGAGUAACAAUCUUCCAAACACAAAUCAUCCAGUCACUUCCGGUCUAACGCAAGAGCGGCUCGCAUUAAAGUAUAAUCCGCAUCCCAGACAGGAACGUUUGCAAUCUCUGUCCUCGAACGAGGGAAGUGAAUGCAGUCAAAUGUCAGCCACAAAAAUUGGUAGCAAUAGCAACGAUCCUCGUAUAAAGUUGAAAAUGCAAGUAUCGCCAUCUUCUUCUACAGUGAUGCCACCAAGUGGUGUGAACGUUCUGCCUGCAAUAAAUUCUAAUGAUCCACGACUAAAACGGCAGUCUUCGGUAAAUACAGUUCCCAUACCUAGCCUUGUGUCGAGUUCGUAUGGGCCCAGAAAUGACCCCCGAAUUGCAAGGCAAUUUUCUUCCCAAUCCAAUGAAUUUCACACAAAGAGAUUAAAUGUAUCACAACCUCAUGUUGCACCUGAAGAAAAUCGGGAUUCGGAGCCAGAAGAUGCAUACAAAAACGAUGCCAGGCAUUCUAUAGGAAGUGGAAUGGCAUUUGCGGGACCAUUCUCUACCAGUGAAGCUGUGAUUAAUAAGGACCCAAGAAACAGCUGGGAUAUGCAACAAAGACCAAAUGCUGCACCACCUAUGCGUAGGAAAAGUUUGGGAUAUCGAGAGCCUGGAAUUGAUCAAAUUUACAAUGCAAAUGUGGGGCAUAAUCGCGAUAUGGAUAGAAAUAGGAUUUCCAAUAGUGGCGAUUUAUCCCGAAAUUGCAAUUCAGCAUUUACGCCAUAUCCCUACGGUGGAGUAUCAAAGUCAUAUACAAUGGAUUCUUCACCUCCGCCCUUGGUGCCAUUUUCACAUUCCUCGUUGAGUGGUAGUCGUUUUACCCCCUCGAUAAACGAUAGCAAAGAAAGAAUGCGUUAUUUUGAAUCUAAAAAAUCAAAACAUCAUGUACCACGGACAUAUAGGGAAUUUAAAGAGGCCAAAGAAAGGGCCCAUGCAUUAGAAGCAGCGGCCAAAGAAAGAGCAAAAGCUUUGGAAGCUGCAGAUGCUGCUAAAAAAACAUCCGAGGAAUCUCAAUCUUCGACGAACGUUAAGAAAUCAGAUGAACCGACAGAAAGUGCACAGAACAAAAUAUCAGAUGAAAACUCUAGAAGAGAUGAAGAGAAAAAUAAAAAUAAGACUGUCGGUGACAAAAACAGUAAAACCGCAUCUGAAAAGAGCUCAUCUCUUAAAUCCCACGAUUCUAUACCAACAGCGCCAGCCGUCAAAGCAGGAGAAUCUACAUUAGACAAAAUGUAUAGAACACAAAAUUUUAAUGCUUCUCAAUUUCCCAAAGCUACUUUGAGUUUUAAAAUACCCAAAAAGAAGACUGCAGAGGAGCUGAUGAAGGAAAAAGAAAAGUCACAACCAUGCAAGGACAACAAUGCUCCAGUUGAUAAGAAUCAAAAUACGAAAGAUAAUAAGUCAUUCAAAAACUCUGCUGGUCAGAAAUCUAAAAACAAAUUCAAUAAAUCAAUUGAAAAUGAGGAUCUGGUUCCUAAUGCUCCCAAAGAACAUGAUGAAGAAAAUUGGGACGAUGAAAUGGGACAAGAACAUAUCCCCAAUGAAAAUUCAAAGGAAAAGAAAAACGCAACCAAUGACGAGAAACCAGCCAAUUCUCGAGAUCCUCGUUGCAAUGCUCAGAAGAAGAAGAAAGAAACUGAUAAAGACCAAGUGAUUGAAGAUAAGAACAAAAACGUAACAAAUGAGAAAAAUAAAACGAAUGAACCAAAGGACACUGAAAAUGAAAACAACAGCAUUGCAAAAAAACCUAGCGAUAAACAUACCAAUUCAAGAGAUCCUCGUUGCAGACCCAGAGAUAUAAAAUCAACUGACAACGAGGAAAGCAGAGAAGAACAACAAAACAAAGAAAAAAGUACGGAGAAAGAAGCCGAUAAAAAUACCGGUGAGGCUGGAAAACAAUUGUCCAAUACUCAAAAGUUUUUAGAGCAAACCUCAACACUAUCAUUAUUCUCCAUAAAUGAACUGAUGCCUAAACGUAUUAUGCAACGACGCUGUACCAUGGUUUCCAUCGGAAGUGCUCCACUUGUUGACAAAGAUAGUCUACUCAAGGCCAAUGCCCUUAUGUUGGAAGAUGUGGAGCAAAGGGAAAAAUUGAAACGCCAAAAAGAAGAGGAUGAAAAACAAAUCCAGAGACGUAACAAGAAUUUGGCCGAAAUGUUUCGAAAAACUGAUGACAAUUGUACGGUGUCUACACAAAACAUUAUCACUGGCAAACGAAGGACCCGAGCCACCAUUAAUUUCAAUGAAACUGAAAAUGCUAGGAAAGUUUUUAAACAUUUGCAAAAGAAGGACGAAAGUAACACCCCGCCAUCAUCUGUUGCAAAAACAUCAAAAUCGAGAGCAAAGGCCAAAACUGUCGACGAUGCAGAGACGACAAUGGAUACUAGCAAGGACGGUGUUUUAGAUGAAAUAGAUUCAAAUGAAGAAACGCAAGAAGAAAACAAAGCUGCAGAAAAGCAAACGGCAGAAAAUAAGGAAGAAAUUGCUAAAUCAAAACUAUCUCUAACAAAAGCUAAGAAACCCGUAGUGAGGUUAUCAUCUGCCGGCAAUAAAAAGUGUCCACAAGUUUCCGAAACCAGCUCCGCAAAAUCCCCACUUGAAGAUGAAUUGCCUACAACUUCCAAGAAUGCCACCACAACAACAUCAACUUCUGCUAAUGACAGCAAAAUACCAUCAUCCAAAGACGAGGAAGAUCAUCAGAUUUGUACGGUAUCCAGCACUUCUGCUGAAUUGCCAAAUGAGGAACAAGUUACCAAUUCAUAUUCCGCUGGUAGUUUGAAACAAGAAGAAGCCGAUGACAAUGAACCCAGCAGCAGUGGCAGUAAGUCAAACCCACAAACACCCACACCACAAGAAGAUGAAACAAGUCGCCAAGCCUUUUUAGAUGAAUUCGUGCAAGAAAUUAUAAAACCCAAUGCGGAUAAAACGCACAUUCUUAGUUUGCUGGAACAAAUUCUAAGUGAGGAUAAGCUACAGAUCAUAAAAUCAGCCAUCGAGUCUACAGCAAAAACCAGAACGGAGGAAGAAGAAUCAUCUAUCAAAGAAGACGUUGAUGAACCCAAAAAGCGUAACAUAACAAAAAAUAAGAAUCAAAGGACUGUUAAGAAAGCCAAUAAACCACUUAAAAAUACAGUUGAAACAGAUGAUGAUGAGGAGGAGGAGGAGGAGGAGGAGGGGGAGGGGGAAGACCAUGACAAAGGUCAUGAAGAGGAUUCUCCAAAAUCAUCCAAAUCCGGUAGAAACACACCCAGCAUUAAGAAAAAACGCAAUGAAUUGGAGCGACUAAAUGAUGAUAUACGUGAUAUGUUUAUUUGUGAGGGUGUCCUAACUGCAACCGGCAAACGUAUGUGCACUCUAAUGAAUAAUCAAAACAAUGAAAAGGCAGAGACAACCAAUAAACGUUUUGUCCAACCAGCAACUCCGUCAGAUGCAAAUGAAAACAAUAACAAACGAAGAUCUGGGCGACUAAAGCCACCAGCCACAGCUGUUGAAGUUGCACCAAAACAAAGGCAACCUCUGAGAAGAUCUCUCAGAGGCAACACCAAAACUGCAGAGCAAAAUGAAGACGAUGAUACUGAAACCAUAAAUUCCAACGAUACUUCAGAUGAAACGGAAAGCAUGGCAGAUGAAACGGCCAAUCCCGAAACAACACCAACAAGAAGGAAAAUGCCUGUACUUAAACCCAACACUCCGAUAAAGUUGCCCGAAGAGGUUGAGGUAGAAAAAUUAAAACAAGAUAAUAAUGGCAACAAACGAAAAGCCGCUAACAAACCCUGUCCGAAGAGCAAGAAACUCAAGUCCAAAAAUAACGAGCCCGUUAAAUCUGAAGAUAUUGAGGCCUCCGGCAGUGAGGAUGAAAAUGAAGAUGAUGAGGCCAAUAGCUCUGCUACUGCAGCAGCCUUAGAUGUUAUUAGAAACACUAACGUCCAUUGGCACAACCAAUCCAAGUACACCAAUUGGUGUAUGCUUUGCGACAAGAGAAUAUUGGCCAAAGGCAGCUCUUUCCACUACAAAUUAACUCACGGAGAGUGUUAUAUCUCUCGCUUUGCGCCGGUUCUAGCAGAAAAAUACAAACAAGGCAACUUAUGUCGACCCAUGUUUGGUGUUGAUCGUGGAUGCAAAGCACCCUCGUGGUUCCAUAGGUGCCCAUUUUGUUUGCUUUACUUCAAUACUACGAUUGCACUGUGGUUAGAACAUUUCCAAAAUCAUACCGCAGAAUUCCGCUACGAAUGCUCCAAAUGUCAUUGGGGUAAUAAUCGGCCACCAAGUAUUAAACGACAUAUUGCUGGAAAGUGUAAGGCAGCCACUGUGGUUCAUUCGGUGGUUAAACUUGAAGUUCCAACUGUGAUAAAGGCUUAUGUUUGUCAUUUGUGCAACUUUUUGCAAUUAAAACGGCCAAAUUUGGAGAGGCACUAUGUGGAGCAGCAUUUAUUGGAUCCCAAGAAUGCAGAUUUAUUGGGCUAUACAAUUACCAUGUUUGAUUGUACGGAUGUGGAGCGUGUAAGCGAAGAAGAACAAACCCGAGAGUUAAUUGCCAAGGAGGAGAAAGUAAUUGAUAUUGAAGUGAAGGAGGAGAGUAGCAAUAACAGCGAAGAAACAGAUGACUCGAAAAAGGAAAAGGAAGAUGACAGCGAGGGUAAUAAUUCGGAAAAGGAAACAGUUUCUAGUGAAAAAAUGGAAGAUACGACAUCAAAAGAUGAACCGAGUCUGGAGCAUAAUAAAGUUUCUCAAGCCGGUGAUGAUAAAACUGAGAAAAAUAAUAUGUCUAAAACAGAGAAUGUAGACAAUGGCCCGACCUUGACAGCUGACCUUGAUGAAAAAUCUAAAGAAAAAGACAUCUCAUCUGAAAGUAUCACAGAUAAAACUCCCAAGCACACUGUAGAAACCAUUUUCGAGAAGAACACAAAUGAAGAUAAAACUACUACUGAACUACUGAAAAUUGUAGAUACUUCCAAAAUCAAUAAAGACGCCGAAGGAAAUUCUAAGACACCAACACCGGAAAAAGAUGAAACACACACGCCUUCCCCUCUACCGACAACUCCAACAAGCAAUGCUUCCACUCAGGCCAAAGUUAAAGUUUUUAACAAAACCCCAUCUCCCAGAACCACUAAAGUGGCCAAGGUGUUGUCACCAACAAAAGUGCAAAUUGUCACAACUCCAAGUAGCAGUGGUGAAAUGCCAGGCAGAAUUGUGGCUUCUAUGAAAAUGGUAUUAGAUGACGGUCCUUCAGAAACUAGCUCUAAACGAACGCCCUCUAAAGAGAAUGAUGUUGAUCCUUUGCAAAGUGUCGCUGAAGAGCCUAUUUUUACACCUAACAAACCAAUCCAUAAAUUAUCCGAAAUAGUCAGCCCCUUAAAGACAAAUGAAUCACCAUCCACUGUACGCAUUGCCGCCCGAAAGUAUACCUUAAUUUUCGAUGAGAACAAUCCACAUACAUUGACAGCAUCACCCACAAAGGGGAACACCUCUUCAAAUUUUGAUUGUGAAAUAAUCAGCGAAGCUUAUGAAGCAAAAGAAAUCCAGGAUGAACUUUUGUCCUUGGCUGCCAUGGCUGCUGCUGGAGAGGAACCCGAACAGGAAAUCUGUGAUCCCAUGGAAAUGCAAGAUGAACUUUUGUCAUUGGCUGCCCAGGCGGCUGCCCAGGAAGAAGCAUCAAAUAUACAAGAUGACAAUAAUGUAUCCACCACUUCCGCAAUAGAGGAGCAGCCUGUUGCCUCAACUCAACAAUGUCCAACAAAAAUGUCUGAAAUAGUAUCGAACACCAUAGAUUUGAUAUUCCAAAGUAACAAAAGGAAAUCCGAUGAUGCUGUUACGGAAGGUCACCAAGAUCAGCAAAAUACAAAUAAAAAACAUUGUCCAUCCGCUACGAUAAACGAUAAAGAGUCCAGUGUGUUUGUAGCUUCUCCAAUUGCUGGCGAGAAGGAUUCAUCAGACAUAAAAGUUUUGGCUUCCUCAAUUGUUAGCAUUGAUAAUCAUGCAGAGGAGCAGGAAAAUACCAAACAUGUUGCUGCAACUACAUCUAUAGCUGAACGGUUAAGUCAACGACUUAAAGAUUUUGAAAAUGAGGCCAAAAACAAAGCAAAACCACCUGCCAAUGCUGAUGUAUCUCCCAAAGAUCAAAAACCAGAGGAACAAGCUGACAUAAAAGAAAAGCUCGAAGAAAAAGUCAAUAUUGUGGAAUCGUCUCAAUCCAGAGCCAGUCCAAACGUUACGGUUAUAAGUGACGAUGAAUGGGAAGAUAUUGAAGUUACAGAAUCUGCACCCAAUACCAACAGUUCCAAUCAAAAAUCCAAAAAUAAAGGUCUAUUUCAAAAGUUUGGUCUGUUCAAACCCAAUGCAAGUAAAUCGAAAAAACAUAUGGCACCCAUUAUUUUCUAUCCAAAAAAGAAACCAACCAAAGAGAAAACGGUACAGCCUCACUCCAAUUCAUCGUCUCCAAUAACAACUGGAAAAUCUAUGGAAACUGCCGCUACUUCUUCGCCUGUCACACAAUUGGGCUUUAAAUCUGUUAUCAAUAUUAUGGAUGAUCUUUUGCCAGAUUCUCCCUGCAAUGAUCCCAUUGAUUUGGUACCCGAGCUAAGGCCUUUGGAACCUUUGACCGAUCUGAAUGACAUUUCAUCCAUACUGGACUCUAAUCUCAGUGUUAUGGGUGGUGAGGCCAGUAUACAAAUCGAUGAAAGUCACACUUGCAUACAGGACGCAUUAGAUUUCAUUACGGAACAGGCAACACAAGGAAGCGAAUCUAGCACGUUACCAGAUUCCCUGGCCACUGGUGCAAAGACACCCCGCACAAAACGAAUUGAAAAUGUGGGCUACUCCAAGAAAGAUGGUGCUAUUAAAUUCUAUUGUUUGUUGGAAAAUUGUUCUUUUCUGUUUUCGAGCGAUGCUAUGGGCCUGGAGAAUCACUUCCUCUGUGAGCAUUCGCAAAUGAAGUGGAAAGGUUAUUGCGACAUAUGUCAAAGCCAGUGUUUUCCAAAUGAUCAGGAACAGACAAUAAGACAAGAAAUUAAACAUAUGGUAGACGAACAUGCAAACAAGCCACAAAUUGAGGCAAACUCUGAUUCUAGUCAGGGUUGCGCCACUACUUUGGGUGUUGAAGAAAGGCCACGCAUUAAAUUGAGACGAAUGACGGGCGAUUGUUUAUCCACUUCCAAUUCAGAAAGUCCAACACAUGGAGUCUCAGUAUCAACCCCACCAACGGCCAACGUUGAACAACCCAAUUCUCUUUUGGGCGCUUUAUUGAAUGCUAAACCUAAACCACCUACCAAAGAAAUGCCGCCACAGCCGGAGAUGCCAUUGACCGAGCCUUUGCUAAUCGAUGAUAAAAUAACAAAUGUUUGCAGUGAUUUUUUGAUAACAUCUGUUACCUCAGCUGCCCUUAUAGAGGAGAGUCCCCUUCAGAUUUCAAGCGUAGUUAGUUUAAGUGAGCAAAAUGCCGACAAGGAUGCGCCUGCUGAUUCCGCAUCCCCAUUGCCGAAGAUUUCCAAUGUCUGCACCCUCUCCGCCAAGAGUGCAGGAAAUUUGUGGGCCCAACAAAUCGAAGAAGAGAGACAAGAGCUAAUGGAUGCAGCUGCUGCCUCUUUGGAGGUAUCGAAUAUUUUGGCAAAUGCUCGGACACCUACAUAUCAAAGCCGUCAACUUCCUUCUACAGCUGAUUCACCCGAACCAAUAGUUGUGGCCGAAACUGUACCUGUUGCCCAGGCAACAACCGGUAAUUUUGUUAUAACACAAACUGUAUCCACGCAAUAUGGCGACGAUGCAUCCUCAGCGGCGGUGGGUUUCAAUAUUUCUAUAGAAGCCUCAGCAUUGACAAACACUGCGUCUGCAAACACCGCAGAAAACAUUGGACCUUCGUCGCAAACUCAGUCACCGUUGGUCGUAACUGAAUCCACACCACCUUUACAGCUACUGAGCAUACCUUCUGUGCGUCCAUCAAAUACACCGUCACUCACAUCAAGGCAAUAUAAAUGUAUGGCCAAUGGUUGUAAAUUUAGCACACGUGUCCCCGUGGCCAUGAGUGAUCAUUUACGUUUCCAUGAAAGACGUAAUCUAACAGCCCGGUGUGAUUACUUUGCUUGUGGCUUUUGUAUGUAUCAGGCCAGCGACGUAGAGGAUUAUAUGAAGCAUUGUGAUCAAUAUCACAUAAUCGGUAAAGGGAACAAACCACCGCCAGGAAGUAACGACCAAGGAAGUCCGGCAACUACAAACAUAUGUGAUAUUCUCAGUCGUAAAAUGGAAACCACAAAUGCUGCAAAUCGAAAUCUGAACUCAUUGGCCGCAGCCAAUGUGAAUUCUGCGGCAAAACAAAAGCAAAGCGAUGAAGAAUAUUUGCAAAAGUUGAGAUCCACAAUUGAGGAAAUUGUUGCGCCCACCGGACUUCCAGAUGACAAACUAUAUCGUUGUGUGGUAAAAAACUGCCGCACACAAUUAACCGAAGCUACUUUCCACAAUCACAUUAUAUUCCACAUAUCAACGUUGGGCCUUUCAAAUCCCAAUAAUUAUAUUUUCAAAUGUCCACAUUGCACGGCUCAAUAUCAUCGACCGGCUGGUAUAAAGGCUCACAUUAAAAAUCAUGCCAGAAAUCGCUAUUUCUGUUAUCUGUGUGAGGAGACCUCAGCAAACGCAGGACAAAUGCUAAAGCAUUUUUCUGAAAGACAUUGGCACACGCUGAAUUUGUUCACCAAGGAAUUGUUGAAGGCCAAAGUCGUCACUAAUCCCGAUGGCACAGAACAGAUACAGGAUUCUUGUUACUAUUUGGUUUACACACAAGAGUUGAGCGAAUCUGAGGUCAGGACAUAUGGUGAGAAGUUGAUAUUGGAAUGGCAACGUAAAAAAUCCGGCUCAAAGACCCAUUUUAAAUCCACCGAAAUCGACCUCUUGCCCAUCACACCCAUUUUCCAACGUGAAAUUAACUGUGGAGAAUGCGAAUACAAGACCAAAGUGCGCACGAAUAUGUAUCGCCAUCUGCUGAUGCACAAACAAAAUCCUAAUUUAAUCAAUAACUCAAGUGGUCAAGCAGUGGUCGCGAGUGUAGAUCCUGUUAAUCCUGUACCAUGUUUGAAUAGCAAUGAAAAGUUUUUCGAUAAAAUGACAAACCUGGCAUCGUCUUCACUGAUACCACAGAGCUCGUCGCUUUCAUCUGCUGGAUCCAAAAAUGCCUAUAAAAUUCCCCAGGCAUUUGUGGUGGAAUCGAAUCGUUUCAAGUGUGGCAUACCCGAUUGUAAUUACGUUACAAUUAGUGAAGAUAUAUUCCGUUCGCAUUUAUCCACUCUGCAUGGUGCUGUCCAAAAUUAUCGUUGUCCAUUUUGUCAAGAGGAAAUAUGCAAACGUGGCAUGGCCGUGGACCGGGUCAUUGGCCAUUUACGUUUCCACACAUCGACCAUAUACCGUUGUGAUGAAUGUAACUAUAUCCAUUAUCAGCGUUAUGUUGUUGAGCGACAUGCAAAUGAAAAGCAUGCCACUAUGAAGGUGAAUAUUAUACGGUAUGAUAGAUCGGCCGAAAAUGCGGAGGGUGUAAUGUCGAUAACACCGUUUGCAGGCAAAAAGUACAAAGAGAGCAUUGAUACAAAUCAAGCCAAUUUAACCACCUCAUCAGCGACGACACCAACAACUGCAUUACAGACUAAUGAAAACACCUCGUCCGCAUCUGCGAAAUCCUCCAAAGGCAAGUCAUGGAAUUGUGAUGUAUGCAAAUUUAAGGCCUCAACAUUGACACAAAUACAAAAUCACUGUCAAAAUGCCCAUGGACAGAGUAAUCCCUAUCAGUGCAUACAUUGCCAAUUCGGUUCACAACAACUCGUACAAGUUCUACAUCAUAUCGAUGACGUACAUGCGGGUAAGGCAAGAAAUGUUCGAAAUAUUUAUCAUCGGAAUAAUAAUGAUGCGGCGGGAGAUGCUGUCGACACCAGACCUUUGUGGCAACGUAAUGACCCAACACGCAUACGCCACAUACGCGGCAUAUUAAUGGAAGAUGAAGAGGAAUCAGAAAAACAUCGCAAAAGCUUGGGUCUAGAUAAGGUUGCCGACGAUGAGGACGACGAGGCGGAGGACGAUGAGGAAGAAACGAGCCAUAAAAACUUCAUUAAGGGUUAUGAAUUCGGUUGCCAACAUUGCCAAUAUAAAUGCGAAAAAUUCGAUAUUUUGUAUUCCGAUCAUCACCGGAAUGUCCAUAGCCUGCCAAUAGAAUCUACUAAACCAUUUAUGUUUCGGUUAUUGAAUCGUGUUUGUUGCCCGGUUUGCCGAAAAUUUACCGGCAAUUUUUACGAAAUGCAAGUUCAUUUGCUAAACGUUCAUUUCACACGCAAUUAUUAUGCGGCCGACAUAUCCAUUGCCGAAACUGAUGACAAUACCCAACGUUUAGUUUGUGGUUAUUGCACAACAUUCCACUGCUCCAAACCCGACCAACUGAUGAAACAUUUUCGCGGUAAAGAGGGACAUGCUCCGCAGGAUGUUAACAUUAAAAAUAUGGACCAUCUUGCUGAUAUUUUAAAGCUGGGUGGCAAUGAAACCUACUAUCAAUGUACCCUUUGUUUCCAGUUGUUUGGUAGUCGUGUUGCCAUAGUCCAGCAUGCAAUCACGGCGCACGCCAAUGACGAGGGCUUCUCGUUUAAGGAACUAAAUAAGGAAAUUAUCUAUCAAUGUCCGUUCUGUCAUCACAGCUCUACCACGGAAAUUGACCUAUUGCGACAUAUGACCGAUCAUUAUGGUAAUUUUAAAAGAUGCACUUUUUGCCUUGCUGAACAGGUGUCGUUUGAACGCUGUAUGCAACAUUGUUAUGCCGAACACCGUGAGGAAAUAAGCCGCUUCAAAGAAAUCUAUCCUUUGCAUACACUGGAGCAAUUUUGGGCAGAUAUGUUUGUUAUUUUUCCGAAUGGCUUGGUAAUAUCUAAGAAAAAUCUGAAAAAUACCAAAUAUGGUGAUGUAGGAAUCAUACAUAGGUUAUAUGAAGAUUUGUAUAAGAUAUCACAGCAGCCUCCCAUACCACGUUUGUCCAUAGCCCGGCUUGUGGCAAGGAAGUCCAUAGAGACUCAUCAUAAACCAAAAUCGGGAAAUUCUUCACCACAGUAUUCGGCUGCAGAGGAAGCGAAUAUUGCAGCACCGCAACCCCAGCAGCCAAAGAAAAUAGCAAAACGUCGCUGUACAGUUAUAUCAACGUCCGGUCAUUCAGAGGACAUAAAUAGUGGUGGUAAUCGUUGUGGUGUGGCACCCAAACGUAAACCCGGUUCGGUCGAGGAACAUGAAAGUUCCUCAAAUCAAUCAAGCGAAUUUAAUAUGCCAUCAACAACACAGGCUAUGCGUAUUAAGAAGCGACGUUGUACCAUUGCCUCGGACAACAAUGACAAAUUGCCAACAUCAUCAGCAUCAUCCUCGUCAUCUCCAUCUCCAUUUCCCUCACCGCAACAUUAUGCCACCGAUGAUGAGCUAGUUGUAAGCAAAAAAUCAAAACUAUCCAUUGCCCCAGCUCAGCACAACUCCCCAUCCCUAGAUUUAGAACCAUUUUCCUAUUACGGUAUUAAACCAGAAUCAAUAGAUUUAUCUAAAAUCUAUACCAAAGUAGCUAUAGGCGGUAUUAAUACACCCUUAACCUUAGAUAAGUUUAGACUGUUAUUUAAUAUUGAUUGUCGACUGAAACUUACAAAAGUCCAGUGUAAAAAGGACGAUAAUGAUAAUAACACAGUGCCGAACUAUUUGGAAUACAAACACGUUAAAAAAGCUUGUCCGGCUAGCCAUAAAAUGAAGUUUUCAUAAAGAACUGGAUCAAAAACAAACACUUUUUAUACUUUUCAAAUCGAGUCUAAAACUUUCCUGAAUUAGUUCUACACACAUUUUUUUUGGAAUUUUCUUAGAAUUUAAGACACAAAAAUUCCUAUGGAAAGGAGUUUUCUUUUUGUAGAAAAAACAAGAAAGAAACAAACCUUAGAUUUAAGAUGUUGUCUAAGAACAAGUGUAUAUAAUCAAAAUACAUACAAAUCAUUAUCGGAUUAAUAUAAUUAUACUUUUUUAAUUAUUUAGAUAAUAUUUCAGCAUUGUUUUUUACCAGAACAUACAAUUUGUUUUUGUUGGGACUGCAUAUGUUAAAAACAAGUCCUGCUUUUCAUGUUAUAGUUUUUAAGUUAUUUUUUAUUAUUAAUUUUACUCACACAAAAAAGGCAACAUGUCAUUCUUGAAUUUUUAGCAAUUAAUUUUAUAUUAAGUUUUUUUUUUAUUUAAAAAAACAUUAAUAUUUUAUUGAAAUAAAUG